AUUAAAAAAAUAAAAUAAAAAACACAAAAAGCCAACCAACGCAGCGUUUCUCCGAAGUAAAUAUUUGUUCUUUGUUUUCUUUUCUUCAGUUGAAGGAGCUUUUCCCUUGGAUUUCAUCCCUCAUGGCCUCCAAUGGUGCUACGGAACAAGUAGUUAGGAAUGCUACCGAGAACAGUUUGGAAAAGAUCAAACGGCAGCUGGCCUCUGGCUCUGGUAGGAACUUGCUUCAAGGUCCACUUCUCAAGCGAUCUGAGACCUUGAAGAAAUGGAAUGAACGGUGGGUGAUAUUAGACCCCACAACGGGCAAAAUGGAAUACAAGACUAGGAGGAACGAGCCAAGUGUUAAGGGAAUCAUUACGUUUGAUGAAAACAGCACCAUUGCCAUAUCUCCAGUUAACUUUCAUGGACUUCCAAAGUACGAAGGCUGUUGUUUCUAUGUUGGGACACCCCAGAAAAAGGACUACUUUCUUUGCGCGGAGACUCCUGGUGCUGCUAGAGCUUGGGUAUCAACUUUACAUGCGACGCAGUUGGUUCUAAAGGCGCACAAAGAGGCUGUCAAUUCCUUAAGUGGGAAUGGUUCUGCAAAAUUAGGUACGGUUGCAGCAGUAGUUGCAGCUGCCAAUUCAACGGCCAAGGAAUGUUCUAAAGAAAUUGAAGCAGCAAUGCAGAUCUCUUUGAGAAAUGCCUUAGGAUUGAUGACAAAUAGACCCACUGAUGGUCCAAUGGAUGAUCUUACAAUUAUGAAGGAGACUCUACAAGUCAAGGAUGAGGAAUUGCAGAAUUUGGCUCGAGAUCUUCGUGCUCGCGAUUCAACAAUAAGAGAAAUAGCAGAUAAACUGUCAGAGACUGCUGAAGCUGCUGAAUCUGCAGCAUCUGCAGCUCAUAUAAUGGAUGAACAAAGGAGAAUUGCUUGCGCAGAAAUUGAGCGCUUGACAAAAGAUUCUGAAAAACAAAAGGAAGCAUUCAUGUUAAAGCUGAGGGAGUCCGAAGAAAAGCUUGGGGUCCUAAGUAAAGAAAGAGAUCAAUUGAUUAAGCAGAGAGACUCUGCUAUGCAGGAGGCACAUAUGUGGCGUACUGAGCUUGCAAAAGCUCGAGAGCAUGUUGUGAUAUUAGAAGCAGCAGUUAUGAGAGCAGAGGAGAAGGUCAGAGUUGCAGAAACAGAUGCUGACGCAAGAAUUAAAGAAGCAGCACGGAAGGAGGCAGCUGCUGUGAAGGAAACGCAAGACCUUCUCGCAUAUGUGAAUGUGUUACAGGCACAUCUCCAAAGACAGCAGAGUGACACUAAGCAAAUUUUCGAGGAGAAGACUGAGUCCUCAAAUACCAAUAACAGUCCACCUGAUACAAAGGAUGUUGACUUGUCAGAGAACGUAGAUAAAGCUUGUCUUAGUGUUUCUAGAGCGGUCCCAGUACCUGGGGAGAGCGUAGUCCACAUGGCAGUGGAUCAGGUUAACAUCCAACCAAUUGCUGAUGGUGAAUGGAGUGAUAUUCAGGCAACAGAGGCAAGAAUAGCUGACGUAAGAGAGAUAGCCCCUGAGACAGAAGGAAGCAGCCUUGAUAUUCCUGUUAGCCCAGAAAUCGAUAACCACCAUCCGCAAUGACCAAACUCUUUCCACCAGCCUUAAGAAUAUAUAUAUAUGUACACUCGAUUUUCGGGAAUUCAAGGUCACAGACAGGAGAAACUGAAAGAUUCUUCUUAUAUUUUUCAUUUUCUUCCUCAGUUCCAUAAUUUAAGUAAUCAAGAAGCCGUUUGAUGUUGUGGUGGCAUGUCAAUGUUAUUCGUUACAUCUCGAACUAUAAUUGAAUAGAAGCAAGCCUUUGAAAUAAAGUAUAUGGAGUCGCUUCUAUUGAUUGUAAA